GCCCGGCUUUAGGGCGAGUCCUGCCCGGGACUCUGCAGCGGCCUGGGACGGGGAGAGGGGGGGCAGAGCCUCGCCUCUCCCCGGGAUGGAGGGGAUGGAGGCGGCAGCGAAGCCUGCGCGCCGCUCUCAGGCAUCCAGGUCAGGGAGCAGAACAACCAGCCCCAUGCACGUGACUCCAGCUGUGACCAGAAAUGGUCCUGAGCAGCCGGACAGCGGACCUCUCCCAAGACCCACGCUCUGCCCCCAGGAAGACCGAAUGCCUAGCCUGAUAGUUCCCAAGCCUCCAAGUCCAUGGAAGUUACAGUUCCAAGGCCCUUCUGUGCUAGAGUCCAAGGUGAAGGCCUUGAAGGAGAAAAUGACUUCCAGGAAACAGAGGGCAAAUCCCUGUUCCACUUCCUAUGAGCAUCCAUCCCCCACAAAAUCCAAGUGCCACCAAGUCAAGCCCGAAGAAAUCUGGAGCCUACCCGAGGCCUCUCCUCCACCAGAUGCCCUGGUGGUUCCCCGUGCUCAGAACCAGAUCGAUGGGCAGCUGGACAGCAGUGUUAAUGAGAAGAAACCUGCCAGGAAUGGUGGCUCCAGGCCAUCUACUCCUGGCCUGGAGAGCUGGAAUGGGCAAAGCCUGUGGUCUCCAGAAGCAGUGUGGAAGCUGGCUGAUUCUGAGGAAGGCCCAGCACCAGGAUCUGGCUCUUUACAAGAGAGCCCCAACAGCCAUGUUUCUGUGGGCCAGCUACAGGGGCCUGGCCCCUGUAAAACCACCCACUUGAGCAGCCUGAAGAAGAGAAGACCAUACCCACUUGGAGACAGUGUGGUCACAGAGGGAGAUCUGGACAACACAGCCCCAGCUUCCAAGGAGGACUUGGUCCCCAGAGCAGACCUGCCAGAGGUGCUCUGGAGAGCUGGUGGCCUCGGGGUGCUGGGCACGGGGGCAAAUGCUCUGUCCCUGUCUGACCAGGUGGAAAGGAACCGUCGCCUGGUGCAGGAGAUACUGAAGGUUUCCAGACAGAGUCCUCCCAAGGAGGGAAACCCGGACUGGACUCCGUCCUGGGACAGGGCCGAAUCAGAGCGACCAGCGGGAGCCGUGGACUGGGACCCGGGCACCCCCCUGCAGGACUCAGGUCAGAGCAGGACCUUUCUCCCCAAGCUGGAGCCUGCGCGGAGCGCCAGGUGUGAGGGAACCAAGCAUCCGACACAGCCUGCUCGCAUGAAGGCCAGGACCCAACCGCUCCGAGCCAGCCAUGACAUUGUGCCCACCGUUGCUCAGGGCAGCCGAAAUGGCCAAAGAAGCCCAGCUCUGGAUGUCAGGAGCACCUCUGCCGACAGAGAGAGCCUCCAGAAUGGGAACCUGAGUGACUCCUCCAGUGUAGAGUCUGGCAAUGGGCAGUGGCCCAAGCAGGGAAUGCCCCUGUCUCAUGUCCGUUUCGAAGAUGAGUCCUCCCGCGAGGCUGAGUUCCGGUACCUGGAACGGCUCCAGCAGCGCCAGCGUCAGGUGUUACGCACAGUGCUUCACGCCGUGGGCCAAGGACCCCUGCGCUCCAAGCCUGACCUAACCAGCUACAUUCACCGUAACAUGGGGGACAUCUCAUUCCACGGGCCAGUGGGCUCCCUGGACCACAGUAACUUCUCUGCACCACUGUCUACGUGGGACAGUGAGAGGAAGUGUCCAGCCUGUGGCAGCUGUCUUGAGGAGCGUUGCCCUGCGGAGGGGAGAGCAGCCCCUGACCUGAGGGUCCUUCGGGGUCUCCAGGCAGCCUCUGAGGCACAGGCAUUGCUGCCGGGGCCCUGUAAUUCCCACGGUGUGAGCUCCCCAUUCCCAGGGCUCCACACAGAAUGGAUCCGGGAAACACACAUCACGGACACUGUUGCCACACACCCUGAGGAGGGGGACUCUGCUCUGGCCAGCACCAACAGUUCAGACAGCUGGACAGACAGUACCGAUGCCAGGACCUCUCGGCCCAGCAGGGCAGGCGGUCAGACCCAAGGCAGCAGCCCCGGACAGAGGCAGCGGGGCUCUAGACCUCAGGAUGGCCCCAGGUGGUCCAGAAAGGCUGAGGUGGAGCUUCCUUGGGGCCUUCAGGCCUGGCCUCACCUACGGGAGGUUGGCCAUGUGGCUGUAGGAGGGGAGGCAACAGGAGCCACAGGACACAAACCCCAGGGGACUUUGUUUGUAAAGGAGGAUGCUGCACCUGAACCUGCCUUGGAACCUAAGAGGCCUUGGUCCCAGGGGCAGCUUGGACCACGGUUAGGAAAUCACUGGGCCCACCCUGAGGACUCCUGGACUCCAUGCAAGACAGCUUAUGCUGUGUCCUUUUCCUCAGGCUCAGACCAACCAGAGCAAGUUACUGAAAGCCAUGAGUCUCUGGAAACUGUGUGCAGUUCUUCCCGCCAGCAGAGCCAUGAAGAGCCCUCUGUACCUCACCCAGCCCUGCGACCAACUUUGCCCCUCUCCCUUGAAAGCUGGGUGCCGACCCCUCCCUCUUCAAGGAAAUCCCUCUGCCCGAUAGCCCCGAGGAAGUCAGCCUGGACUGGACAUCACAGGCUGGAACAUCAGGUGGAGCAUAUAGAUAUCCCCCUGCCUCUGUCUCCUCCAAGAACUUCCGUUCUCACCCCACCCCAGACCCAGCCCUACAGCCCCCGUGCCAAGCAUCCACUGCUGGACCUGUCCACCAGCAACUCCAACAGCAGUGUCCCUCCGGGGCUGCAGGGGCCUCAGGGAGCCGCUGUCCGCAAGCAUAGAGCUGGCAAGGACCACAGCUGCCAGGAGCCCGGACUGCCCCUGGAGAGUGACGGAGAUGCCGUCACCCUCUCCCUCACCUCAGAGGAGCCUGAGUGCAGCCUGGAGCUGGGAGGAGAUCCACACAGGACAGAAUCCAGCUCUGGAGGCCACAUGCCCAUUGGAAUAUCGCCUGAGGCCAGUGCAGGGCACAAGCCACCCUCAUCUGCCCAUUCUGAUGGGCACAAGAAAAGGAGGAGCAGCAGUAUCACCUCCACCCUGGGGCUCAAAAAGCUCCUCUCGGCCCUGGGCCACACCCCCCGGCCCAGACUGGGCACAUCCCGAAGCUACAGUGUGGAACAGCUGCAGCCCUCAGCUCCCCAUACCAGUACCUCCAAAGUGAAGAGAGCCCCAUCAUUACAAAUCCUGCAUCUGGUGUCACCCUCUCACCAGCAUCGGAAAGCAACUUCCUUUCAGAACCUCCAUUCUCUGCUAGGUGGCAAGGGAGACCGGUCCAGCCUCUACCUGGUGGAGGGUUCAGGGGACCCCAGUACACCGAACAGGCCGGCCAAGGCCUUGUCCCAUCGUGCCCUCAGCGUGGAAGACGUGGGUGCCCCUAGCCUGGCUCGCACCGUGGGCCGCGUGGUGGAGGUGUUCCCAGACGGCACGAGUCAGCUGCAGCUCCAACGACCCCCAGAGGGCACCUUUGGUUUCCGUGUGGCCUACGGCAAUGGCCGUCGAGAUUCAGGGCUCUAUGUGCAGGCCAUGGCUGACCUGGAUACUGCCAAGCUGUACUCGGGGCUGCUUGGGGUAGGGGAUGAGAUCCUGGAGGUGAACGGGGCCAAGGUUGCUGGGCUGGGCUUGGCUCACAUCAAGGAGCUACUGGCCCACGUGGAGAGCUUGUCAAUUCGUGUCUUGAGACAGAGGCCUGUUCCCCAGUGACCCAGAAGUACUGUUCCUCUCACGGACACUCCCUGAGAAGCCCUGACCCCACAGGGAAGAAGGGGCUGGAAAUGCGACACUCGGAGAUAAUUUGUGGAUGGAAAGUACGGCUCACAGAUCAGGGUGCAAUCUAGUUGUCCGGGCUGUGGCAGAGCUGUUCUGAUCGGCCACCUGCAGGAAGAGACGAAGAGCCUGUGUGUGUGUUUCAGUUAAGGUCACUAACUUAUGCAGAUCUGGGGAAAGAAAAUAAUGGUCUUCUUCCAUGACAGAAGGGGUAGGAUGUGUCCCAUGGGUUGGUCCCUGAGAGCUGGCCUCACCCCCUGGUCACACUCACUGAAAAGCCUCCCCGCCUCCGGCACACCAGAGACAAAGUGGCCACACUGGCCUUGUGCCGGUCUCUUUCAGCUGUGGCUUGCCUGGUUUCCAUGUGACUACUACACCUUUGCUCCUGAUCCAGAGGGGGCUCAGUGUCUCGGCACAGCCGACAGCCGAGAGUGCACAUUCCAAACCAAGCCCUGGGAAGGAUGGCCUGUUAAGAGUUCCGAGCCCCUUCUGGGUAUGAAAACAUCUGAGAGGUCCUGGGAGCCAGAAUGUUAAGAAUUUCUAGGAAAUUUUUCUGAUCAACACAAAGUUGAAAAAAACCAACACAAACCCACUGCCAUUGUUUUCAGUAAGUGUGGCCGUGGUACUAAGGGUGCAGAAGUGGAGGCCGGCCCAGCCAGCCCUUUGCCUCCUCCCCUGCCUAGACCAGUUGUUGCAGCCUAGCCUGGCCUGGGGGAGGGGGUGGGGGGUGGGGGGGUGGCUGGUCUUUGUUCUCUUGUCCAGCUCGGAGACAGGGCUACAGCUGGUGUCUGGCUGUCCCCCAGCUGCAGGAUUCCUGUCCAGACCUCCCUGGUGGCAGCUGUGGGUGGGCAGCAGCCAGGGAGGCUGUGUACUGGGGUGGCCAUCCCACCUAGGCACAGUCUGCCCAGCUUAGAGCCUGCCCGAGGGUUCAGGUCUGGAUGCAUGGGCAGGUGUCGGACUUAAAUUAUUAAAACACAAAGCCGAAGCGGCUUCCAUUGGA